AUGUCUUCGAUCCAAGUGGAAGAAGAGAUCUACGACGUCCUCGUCAUAGGCGGCGGCCCCUGCGGUCUCGCCAUAUCAGCCCGUCUCCACGAACACACCCCCGCCGCGCUCUUCACCGACGAAGAGCACCGUCGCUUCCACUGGAUCUCCAAGUACGGCAACAAAAUGCCCCUGAAGCACGUCCGCAGCGGUAAAAUCUCUCCUCCCAAGCACGCUGCAAAACCGCAGUAUAAAAUGUUGGUUCUUGAUGCAGAUAGCGAUACAUGGAUGGGCCGCUGGAACAGGUUGUUCAAGAUGUACGAUAUCUCGCAUCUGAGAAGUCCGAUGCUCUGGCAUGUUGAUCCCCUCGAUCGGGAUGCGCUGCUCGCGCAUGCGUAUGCUAAUGAUAGAGCGGAUGAACUUGUGGAGAUUAGGAAUUGUGUGGGCAAGGAGGUUAGUAAACAUGGGAGGAAGAAGAGUGGACAGCGAGCUUGUGGUCGAAGACAAGAAGCUCGUGUGGACAUCAACGUCAGAGAGCGUAAUGACUACUACAACCCCUCAACAUCUCUCUUCUGCGACCACUGCGAAAAAGUCGCGGCGCGGUAUAAUCUCAGCUCAAACAUGAUCCGAAAAGAAGCCCUCCAGCAUCUAGACUACGAUGAAGUAAAGGGUAUAUCCAUCGACGGCGAGAAGCUCUUCACAGUUACUUCCAACAAAGUCCGUCGAUAUGCUCGCACAGUAGUGUUGGCAGUCGGUCCAGCAAACGUUGCCAAAAUCCCCCAUAUUCCUUCUAUGCCCGAUGGAAAGCUCCCUCAGACAUGUCACAGCAUGCACAUCACUGAGUUCACAGACCCUAUCGUCAAAACUAGAAUCGCUGAGAAGAAAACGACGAACAUUCUUGUCGUUGGUGGUGGCCUUACAUCUGCGCAAUUAACGGAUCUUGCUAUUCGAAAAGGCGUCACCAAGGUCUGGCAUGUCAUGCGUGGACCGCUACGCAUCAAGCAUUUUGACGUUGGGCUUGAGUGGAUGGGAAAGUUUAAGAAUGCGAAGCAAGCGCAGUUCUACUACGCUGAUUCAGACGAUGAGAGGAUUGAGAUGAUCAAGGAGGCCAGAGGUGGAGGAAGCAUCACGCCUGUUUUCCACAAACGAGUCAAGAAACAUCUCUUGUCGAAGAAACUCGAACUCUUCACAGAGACAAGUCUCGUCGAUGCGCAAUUCGACGCUGAGAAUGAUACAUGGAGUGUUCAGACCAGUCCACCCAUCGACAUGCCAGCCAUGGACUACAUGUACUUCGCAACAGGCAUCCAAACAGACUUCUCCUCACUUCCUUACCUACAAACAAUCCUAGAGAAAUACCCCAUAGAAGGGCGCGGUGGCUUUCCCUGUAUUAACAACGAUUUAAUGUGGAACGAUGAAGUUCCGCUGUUCAUGAUGGGAAGACUCGCUGCACUGCGUCUUGGCCCUGCGGCGCCGAAUCUAGGAGGCGCGCAGGUCGGUGCGGAGAGGGUCGCGUGGGCUAUCGAGGAUAGAGUUGCGAGGCCUGGGGAAGAUGAGGGGGAGGAUUAUAAGAAGGGUUAUUUAUCUGGGCAUGGGAAUAUGUAUAGUUCUUUAGCUUGCCGCACAUGCACAGGCUACAUCGCUCCACCACCCGGCUCAUUCUCAUGGACUUCCCUCCUACGCACCAAGCCCCAAACUCUGCCUAUAACCAACACAAAAGAAGUCCGCAGCUUAUCAUUUUUCCAUCACGUGGUCGCUCCCGUACUCUCCGGUCCAUUCGAUGGAUCCUUCUGGACGUAUUUCGUCGUCCAAAUGGCGCAGUCUGAACCGGCGGCGCGUCAUGCUGUAUUGGCGAUAAGUUCGCUAUUUGAAAGCUUUGAACCUUCGAAGGAGAGUGUGGCUGAUGAAUUUGCGAUUAUGCACUAUAACAAAGCUAUUAGUAUUCUCACACGUGAUACGAAACCGUGUGUUGAUACGGUCUUGUUGGUGUGUACGUUGUUUAUAUGCAUUGAGUUUCUGCGAGGGAACCAAGAAGCGGCGGUUACGCAUGCGAGCCAUGGUGUGCAGCUCCUUAACUCCGCAGGUCAUAAAUCGCGCCUCUCGAAUACUUUUGCGCAGAUGAGUGUAUUUCCAUUAUUCUUUAUUGACGAAGCCGUGGAGUUUCCGCUUCUUCUAGGUGAUGUGGGCGCAGAUUUAAAGAAUCCUGUGUUUUACACCAUAAGCGAGGCACAGAACGCUCUGGAACAUUUAUGUAUAAGAGUUAUAAGGCUCGUUCGCGAUGGAAAUCCAUAUCGGUUGGAAGUUACCGAUGAGCCCCUGCAGGAGUGGAUGUUUGAUGAACAAGCAGAAGCGAAACAGGAUCUCGAAGCGUGGGAGUUUGCGUUUGAGAGAUUUCGCAGCAGACGAGGUUUUGCGGAGAGGGAGGAUACACCGACGUUGGCGGUUAUUACGAGGCAUAGACUUAUGAAGAUUUGGAUUGUGAAUUGUUUUAGAAGGGGAGAGAUGGGGUAUGAUGGGAUGAAGGAGGACUUCAUCACUAUUGUGGACUGCGCGCGAAAGGCGGCGGAGAACCUUGAAGCGCAACAUGUCACGCCUGGGAAGUUCAUGUUUGACACUGGGUUUAAUCCUAUGCUUCAUUUCACGAUCUUCAAAUGUCGAUAUCUCGCUCUCAGGGUGGAAGCACUAUCCCUCAUGCGUCGGCUGUCAAGCCAACAAGAAGCUUUGUGGAACGCAACGCUACUGUACGACAUGUCACGGCGUAUUAUCGAAGUUGAGCACGACAUUGAUUUGUCCGAGGAUUAUGAUCUUCACGAUGAGAGGUUACCGCCUGAUGAGAACAGAGUAAGGGGCUUCAUCUUCAGAGAGGGACCGGAAGCAGAGUCGGUUAUAUGGGAUAAGAACGCGGAGACGGUGUAUUUCCUUAUGGGGCAUCCGGAGGGGGGAGUGAUGUUCAGGAAGGAGUACGUUAGGAACAAGCACUUGGUCUCGGAUAGCGGGCAGACUUUUUGGAUGUGA